UUCAGCUGCUUUGUUGUAGAUUCCUUGUAGGUUUCCUGCAGAUUUUAGCCUAAGUGUUGCAAUGGAACCGAGCUGGAGUACGUUUCUAUUUCAGCAGGCCAAUGAGGCGCUGCAUCACCAGCACCAGGUCGCCGGGAACAGCCUCUUGCCUUUGCUCAAUUCUGGGACGGAGCCACCUGAUCAGAAACCGGUGCUGCCCAUUCCCUUGGACCAGAAACCCCCCGUCAGCGCCGCAGAACUUCUUAAAGACAAUGUGGCCAGUGGGGUAGGGGGAGGCGGCGGGCCUCCUGUCGCCGUGGUCAAAAAGGAGCCUAAAUCAAAGACGCCCUUCAUCUGCGGCUACUGCAACAAGGCGUUCCGAGACAGCUACCACCUGCGGCGGCAUGAGUCCUGCCACACCGGCAUCAAGAUGGUCUCGCGGCCUAAGAAGACACAAACAGCCCCCACCAUGGUGCCGCUCAUAUCCACUGUACCACGUGAGAAUAGUGCAAACCCCUCGUACAUCACGACUGUAGCUGGUAUCCUGACUACAGCCACCACGUCAACAUCCACGGGCACGAGUAUCAUGACUCCAAUGCAGCACCAACAGCAGCAGAGUCUCCCCAAGAAGCCCCCCAAGCCGGUGAAGAAGAACCACGGCUGCGACAUGUGUGGUAAAGCCUUCAGAGAUGUGUAUCACCUCAACCGCCACAAGCUGUCGCACUCUGACGAGAAGCCGUUUGAGUGUCCCAUCUGCCAGCAGAGGUUCAAGAGGAAGGACCGCAUGACAUACCACGUCCGCUCCCACGACGGCGGAGUUCACAAGCCUUACAUCUGUUCUGUCUGUGGAAAGGGCUUCUCCAGACCUGAUCACCUAAGCUGUCACGUCAAGCAUGUCCAUUCCUCAGAGAGGCCAUUCAAGUGCCAAGUAACGGCCUGCACCUCUGCCUUCGCUACCAAAGACCGUCUGCGCUCCCACAUGAUCAGGCACGAAGGCAAAGUGACCUGCAACAUCUGUGGCAAGAUGCUGAGCGCCGCCUACAUCACAAGUCACCUCAAGACGCACGGCCAGGCCAGCUUCAGCAACCCAUGUAACAACAAAGGCAUAAGUGACUGGCAGUGGAACCACUCAGGGCCACGAAAAGGUGAGUUGACGGUAGGAGAGAUUUUAAAUAACUCCUUCCAAGUCCUAAUUGACAACUCUCACAAAGAUGCCAACAGCGUGCACAACUCGGCCACCACGACGCCCGUCACCAACUCGGCAGCCGCCAUCACCUCAGCCGUGAACCGCGGCGGUAUCACCAGCAACCCCGUCACGAUCGCCGCUCAGAUGAACAUCGCCACCAGCACGGUCAACAUCACGUCGCCCGUCAACCUGCAGCACCCCGUCACCAUCACUGGCCCCGUCAACCUGGCCUCCGUCAACAUCCCCACGACGGCGCACAUGAAUAUCGCCCACCCGGUCGCCAUCACCACUCCCAUGCCCAUGAAUAUCACCGGGCCCCUCAACAUCGCCAUGAGGCCCAUGGAUAGCAUGCCUUUUCUAUCCCAAGUCCUGCCUUCCUCCCCCCCCUGGUAGAGCUGCUUCAGCCCACGUGACACUGAUGAUGUCGUAACUGCCCAAUAACAGACGAGCCGGUCAGAGCUGUGGAGUCCGAGUUACAUUUAAACUAACGUUAGGACUCAUUAAAGCUGCCAUUGGAUGAUCUAAAGGGGGGGUCUCUUCUCCAGAUGUGAUUGGCGUCCACUCUCAGCAGCUGGCUUUGAAGUAUAAACUCUGAGCUCAUCAAAUCUAUUAUCUGUUGAAUUACCUGACUGGUGUCACAUGACCUCAUGGGAUCCAGUAAUUCUGUGUAAAUAACAAACAUUUUAUACCAAAGAUUUUCUAAGUGUUUCCCACUGAAUUCUAUAUUUUGAAAGAAACUGAAAACCUUUAAAGAACGUUUAGACCAUGAAGGACAAAAAAAUUCUUAUGAAAUUAGCACCCAUCAGUGGAGCUGUGUGUGGGGGGGUCGGGGUGGGGGUGGGGGGCAUGGAGACCCUGUCUGACUGAAUAAUUAAACGGUAGAAGAUAACAUGUUCAAAUGUUGCUUCUUUCCCAAAACCCAUGAUUAUUAUUUCACUAAUAACGCAGCUUUAAAUCAACAAAUUCUUCCACUUUGACUUGGCUUGAAUUAUUGGGCAGUGACUUCACUUUCAGCUGCUGCGUGUUCACCUGUAUUUCUUUUGUAUUUAUCCCUUUUCUUUCCCCCUUUCUACAAACCUGGGCAGUUUGUUGUACUACGACAGGUAGCUGACGGUUAGCCGGCUCCUUGCAGCAGCGAACGCAUCACCUGCUGUGGAGAGUCGAACCCUCUUAGAGCCCUUCUUUCUUUCUCUUCUGUUUAGCCACUGAAGGACAUUGUCGGUCCCGUACAGGUGACCCGCUCAAACACCUGACUGUACCUGAGGCUCGUUCAACAGCUCCUGCAGUGGACGUCUUGUUGUUCUUGAUGCUUCCUCUUGAGGCAAAUUUUGUUUCAUGUUCUUUUUUUCCCUCUUGUUAUUUUAGUGGACUUAUCAGUAUUUAAUAGUUCAUGUAUUUUAAAGUUCAAGUACAAAAAAAAACAACGCUUCCAUUCUGGGGGAGGGUGAGUGAUACUGUGGACCCCCCCCCAUGUCUGUAUUUUGAAAUUGCUGGAAACCAGUCACUCCUCACUGCUGGAUGUUCUACACAAGUUUAUCUGUGACAUUUGUUUGGAAGUUUUUUAAUGUAUUUAUAUCAGGACAUGACAGUUGAAGGUACAGCUGAGAGGAGAGCAUGUCCCCCAGGUUUUUGCCCUUUAAAUGGCAGUAUUAUCAAAAGUCAGAUGAAUAAAAAUUUUGAUUACUGAGGACAUUUCUUACCUGUAGAGGUCAAAGAGCUGCGUAGCGUAGCUGCUACGAGAGCAGUCCCAAAGUUACCUGUUGUAUGUUGAGCUGGGUAGAUGUUUACUUUAGUAGGUGUAGGAUCCCAUCACUGUCAGUCAAACUCAGGAAGGUUACUGAGAAUAGUCUUUUAAAACCAUGUUCAACAUUUUACACACUGACCAUUUCUUUGUAAAUAUGAGACACUAUUUUAUUGCCUUUUACCUGUGGGAGAGUGAAGCUCUCUGCUUAGCACAGGCAGCAAUGCAAGAACUAUAUCACCACUGAUGUGGCCGUCCAUCCGGAGAGGACAGAGACAUGAGCAGAGACUGAGGAGAGGACAAGUCUGAUUAUCAACAGUCCCAGAGAACAGUCUGCUGACAGGUGUCAUCUGAUCAGCUGCAGCUUCAUAGAGGUCAAUGGACCUGAUCGCUGCUGUCCAGAAACUAUUAAAAUCACAGGAAGGAGCCGUCGACUCAGAGAUGAACCCAGUGUCAAACUAUGGCUUCCUUUUCAUUUUAAAACAAAACUCUACGUUUCCUCCUGCCGUCCACACCCCUCCAGAGUUCUCAAGACCCGGUUUUAUUUUGAAAGCUGUGGGGUUGUGUUUUAUUUUGAAAACUCUGGGGUUGUGUUGUAGUCUGGACAGAAACUGAGACCUUUGUAAACGAUGAGGUCACACCCAUGGUCUCUCCUGAUUGGCUCUCAUCAGCCUGGACUACCAGUGGUGAGUACAACAUGAAUGACAGUGUCACUGACCUUGUUGUCUUUGCUAGCAGCCGUUGUUCACUAUCAUUCUUCAGUAGUCUGGAUGGAGAGUUUCUGAUACGCAGCUGAACUGCUCAUCUGGACAGAGAUCACUUUCGUUUUAAAAUGAAAACGUAGUAAAGUGGACGAAGCCUAACGCAGCAGUGAAAACCAGAACUGCUCAUUUCAUCUCCCGCUCUUCUCGAUGAAGGUAUUUAGACAUCUGUCUCAGGUGGAAAGUAUCACUUCUGUUGUGCAAAGAAGAAUAUCCUGCAACUUAGCAUCACAAAGUAUUGAUCAUCCUCACGUCGAAUGUUUCGGUCUCUAGCCCUUCGUCCAAGGUCAGAUGAUCAUGAUGAUGUAGAGAACAGUGCUGAUGAGGUUGUGAUGCUCCUGUUGGUGAUUUCAUCAGUUGGUGAACAGAGUUGUGUCAGUGUCGCAGCUGCACAGAUCAGACCUGUCAGCAGCAGGAAGGAGCUUCAGGGAAACGAUCAUCCAGCCUUGUCCUGCUGUAAUCUGCAGUUUCUCUGUCCGUCUCUCUUGCAUCGCUCAUUGUUUAGUUGUAACUGUUAUUUUAUUGUCUUUUGUUUUGUUUUUUUAAAUCCUGGCAGUUUAUCUUUACUGGAAGACUAAGGCUGUGAUCACAAAGGAGGUGUUGUUUUCCCGCUCAGAGCUCAGGUGUGCCUGAAAGAGCAAAGAUGUCAGUGUGUGGAAGAAACAUGAUUCAUGUUGCCAAGCAACACGGGAGUUGACAACGUGCAACCACGUACACACAGUGACAAGAUUAUAUGUAACCUUGCCACUACAUCUUACAGCCCCACACCUCUGUCCAUGUGGGCAACAGUUUUAUUUUCAUACAAGCUUCAGACUGGAAAUCUGUCCGGCCUCUGCAGCGUCACCAGUCCUGUCCCAUCAGGACUGAAACACAGCUGUGGACCAGCGAGUCCUGGUUCAGAGGCCUGAGAGGUCGAAUGAAUCCUGGUACCAGUUAAACCCCAUCAUGGUCUCAGGCCCCGUUCAGACCUGGUAUUAACAUCCGUCUCAUGUGAUCUGAUCACAGGUGGUCAGCUCUAAGUUCAGGUGUGAGUGCACCUGAGACACAUUGAGGACGUGUUUGAGAUCUGAUCCCUCAGACUGUAUUCAGAGGUGGUCUGGACCACAUUGAAGGACGGCCUGCUUCAUUGACGUCCUCUGACACAUUCUGAUUCGUCCCAACAGUUUCAUCAUCAACCCAAAAUAUUUUACUGGUUCAAAUGGAUAAAUUUUGUCCUGAAGGUGGACGGACGUCUCAAAGUCAGGACUCUGGGACAACUGUUCACAGUUUCAGACUCACCUGAAGAGGUGUCACCUGGCUGUUUGCACUUAAAGCAACAGAAGUGUGUGAAGUUCUUUCACACAUGGCCAAUCACUGAGCGUGUGUGAUUAUGACAUCACAACAGGGUUUCCAGCUGCUGUGAACAGUGAUAAACCUGAAAUACACUGAGGCUUCUGUGAAGACCAAGGUGACAGUGUAACAUCUUCUCUUCAACUGCAGCACAAAGUGAAUCAUGUUCAUGAGCUCUGUGUGAGGCUGAAGUUUCACUCACACCGGGUCCAGGACUCACCGGGUCCAGGACUCACCGGGUCCAGGACUCACCGGGUCCAGGACUUCCACUUGAACAGAUUAGAGAAUUGUGCUUGUCACAGAGAGCGACUGAACAACGGAGCGAACACGUUAACAAUCGUCUCUUUUGUGAUCUCAGCCCCAGUUCCUGCACCAGGCUCGCAUACUGUCCCACAGUCCUGUGUGUGUGUGUGUGUGUGUGUGUGUGAGAGAGAGAGAGAGUGAGAGAAGCCUGUUUGUAGUUGGGCCUUUUUUCAGUGCAGGAACUCUGAAGCACUUGCAGCAAACUGUAGGGUGUGCACACUACAGAGGAGUGGUACUUAACCAGGGCAUUUCAGUCUGAUGGGAUGAGACAAUGAGCGCUGUUUGUUACAGUUCACCUGGCCACGUCUACGUGUCGGCAGCCCAGAUGUUCGGCCCGUCGUACGCAUGCCAACUGUCCACCAAGGGAAACGCUCUCAUGUGGAAUGGCAUUAUGAUCUUGGAAAUUGAUUAAUUUCCCAUAUUUUGUUUUCUAUUUUUUUCCGAUGUUGCAUGUGGAUGACUGAGCUUGUCCAGAGUAGGUUUGAGUUCAACAACCAUUAUUAGAAGGCUAGUGACUUUUAUGAAAACAAAACACUAAAAAAAAUUAGGAUGAAAGGAAGUGUGUGGUGUCAUUUGUCCUUCUCCAGUGGCCGUAAACAAGUGUGCCUGAAAUACUUUGCAAGACUUUUCCACACGUUGAUGCUUCCUCCUCCAGAUGUGCUGUGUGAUGGAAUCGUUUUGUGAAGGAAGCCUUCAUCAGUUCAGACUUGCCCCACAGUCUGACAACCAAACUGUUGUGAUUAGCUUUUUCUUUCUAUUUUUUUUUAACCUAAUGAUUGUGAAGUUAUCAUCUUGUACUUCAGGAACAACCUUGAACCAUAAAUUGAUCUUUAUUUAAGUCGAGGUGUAAAUGUAUCGGUGACAUUUAAGUUUUUAAUUUGACUCCAACCUAAUGUGAAAAACUACAGAAGAAGAUUGGGGCCACAUGUGAUUUUUCUUUUCUUUUCAAGAAUUCUGACUUAAAACUCAGAAUUCUUAUUUUAAAUUGAGUUAAAAGUCAUAAAUCUAAAAAAGAAAAAAAUUAAUCUCACAUGGCCCUAAUCUUGUUCCGUAGAAAUCCUCUUCCGUAAAAAACAAACCGUUUAUUUGGCCAAAUAAUGAAAGAUUUUUUUUCUUCUCUGUGAAGUUAUUAUGAUGAAUUUGGCAGAUGUGAAGGCAAAUGAAUGUAUAUCUUUGUACAAACCAUUAGUUCAGAGGACAUGUUAGUUAUGACAGACACAUGCAAGAAAAAAAUAACCUUUUAUAAAAUCUUUUUGUAUUAGAACAUUAACAAUGGUAAUUUUUGUAUAUACGAAGGCUAGGCUUUCUGAUUAGCAGAAAGGUAAAACAUUCCUACAUUUUUUUUAAAUGUAUGUCCAUUGAGAAUAAUUAUGUAAACAUAAUGCGCAAUGUUUUAUGUGCCUUUUAUUUGGGUUUGUCUAAAUAAAAGAAAACAAUAAAACAUGAUUGUGGACUGUCCAUGCUGAGUGCCACAGAGGAAAGUCAAUACUGUCCAUCUCACCUGAAUCCCCGGACUGACCCCCACCCCACCCCCCCCCCUGCACUCGCCUACAUCAGGAGAGGAGUCUCCUCUGGUUUCAGUUGAUUGCUUAGCUUUAGUUGAGGUCUGUUGGAGGCUGCGAUGGUUGCUGAAGUCCCGGUGUGUGUGGGUGUCUCUGGUCUCCAGGCUCCUCGGCGACAGGUGGCCCCGCUCAUGAUGAAAGUGCCUCUGUGACUUUGCUUAUCGGAGUGGACUGUGGGGGAUUUUGUGCCAAAUCAUGGUCUGUAUGUGACGACAAAAACAUUUCGGUGUUUUUUCAUUCUUUAACUAUUAAACUUGGAAAACCUUC